AUGUCCCGGCGUUUGCUUAAUUCCGCGGCGCUGCUCCUUCUCUUUGUGUUGUUGUGCCGCGGCGUUGACGCCUCCGGGGGUGCGGGGGAGCAGAUGGAGUCGAAAGAGGUUGAACUCUUUAGACCAGAGGAGGUAACCGUGCCCGCUGCAGGAGAAGAGAGAGAAACUCUUGAUGAUUAUUCACGUGUCUUAUCAUUCCACUGUCAUUCCCUCGUUGACGUGAACGGCGCGAUGCUUGCACUUGCCAUUGGUGUGUAUGGCAGAAGUUAUGACGACAUGUAUUAUAAAAUUUUGGCAAAACACAACUCGUACGGGGACGUCAGUAAUUUUGAAAAAGACGUUACGUGGGCGGCAAAGCAGUGGACGCCGAAGACUGUGUUUGAGCAAUUCGAAAAAGGUGGAUACCGUACGUUUCUGUUUGGCCCCAAGGCUGUGGUGAAGGCGAACAAAACAUUUCUUCUUUUGUCAAACGUUACCGACCGGUACAGUGUGUCUUUCCAGACUCCAUAUUUUUGGGACCUUGAGUUGUUUGUGGGUGACGUUACGGCGUCCACGGCGGUACCAGGGGGGAAAACAGUGUCGUGGGAGGGCCCACGGUCGUUGAAGUCCACGCUACUCACAUUGAUGGGGAAGUAUUCAUGGAAUGUGUUGGAGGCCGCUCGUGGGACCAGAGGCAUUGCAGUUGGGGGCACGACGGUUGUCUUCCCUCUUUUUGCAGUCAGCGAGAAGGCAGGAAAAGAGGAGAGAACCUGCACAGUCAUCUACUCCGAGGACGAUGGGGACACUUGGACAUUUCCGGACGCCGCUGCGAUUGCUAAUGACUGUAUGGAUUUCACUCUCCUCGAGUGGCAGGGGAAACUUCUCAUUGUCACCUCGGGUUCUGUUAUUCCUCAGCUGCUCAGGGUGUACGAAUCCGUUGACAUGGGAAAGACAUGGGCAAAGAUGGUGGGGCCAUUUCCACGCCAGUUGAGUCAAUUAGGUUUGUUCCCCAUGCACCCCAGUGGCACUGACAUCAUAACGGCAACCAUUGGGAGCAAGAGUGUGCUGUUGUACACCCAGAUGUUGUUCCAGUAUGUUCCAGGAGAUACAAAAGAUGUACGCAGAGUAAUGCACCUGUUCCUCUCUGAUUUUGUUCACGCACAUGACGUUGGACCAAUAUUUCCUGGUUCUUUUGAUCCAAGCCCUUUCAUCACCCUGCUGUACACAAAAGGCGAGUUGUUUGCUCUCCACGCGAAGUAUGGUGAGUAUGGAGCAUCAGGCAGUCUUUUUUUCACGCGCCUCACGGAGCAGAUGCGGCAAAUCAAUUCCCUGCUGCAAACUUGGGAAGCUGUGGAUAACG